UUGCUCUUGUAUCCCAUCGCGUGGUCUGUCUCUUUCCACCUGUCCCUUCCAGGCAUGGCGGGUUACCUGAGAGCUUGGAGCCCCGCGUGGAGGAGGCUGGCCGCUCCGCAGGCGUCCGUCCCAGCGGCGCUUUCACCAGCCGCUCUCUGCCUUCACAGAGCGCAGCAGAGAGACUAUUCAACAAAGCGCAUCAAAGUGGACAAGCCGGUUGUGGAGAUGGAUGGGGAUGAGAUGACGCGUAUCAUAUGGGAGUUCAUAAAAGAGAAGCUCAUCUUACCAAACGUGGAAGUGGAGCUGAAAUAUUUUGACCUGGGUCUGCCCUAUCGAGACCAGACAGACGACCAGGUCACGAUCGAUUCAGCCCUGGCUACUAAGAAAUACAACGUGGCUGUAAAGUGUGCAACAAUCACUCCUGAUGAGGCCAGAGUUGAAGAGUUUAAGCUUAAGAAGAUGUGGAAGAGCCCCAAUGGAACCAUCAGGAACAUCUUGGGCGGCACAGUUUUCCGCGAGCCCAUCCUGUGUAAAAACAUUCCCCGUCUGGUUCCUGGUUGGACGCAGCCCAUCACCAUCGGCAGGCAUGCCUUUGGAGAUCAGUACAGGGCCACGGACUUUGUUGUGGACAAACCUGGGAAGUUUAAGUUGGUAUUCGCUCCAACAGAUGGAAGCAAGCAGAAGGUGUGGGAGGUCUACGACUUCCAGGCUGGAGGCUGUGGGAUGGGAAUGUACAACACUGAUGAGUCCAUCAGCGGCUUUGCUCACAGCUGCUUCCAGUAUGCCAUCCAGAAGAGGUGGCCUCUGUACAUGAGCACCAAGAACACAAUCCUCAAGGCUUACGACGGUCGCUUCAAAGACAUCUUUGAGGAAAUAUUUGAAAAGACAUAUAAGCCCGAGUUUGACAAGUUGAAGAUCUGGUAUGAGCACCGACUUAUUGAUGACAUGGUGGCCCAAGUUCUGAAAUCUAGCGGAGGAUUUGUUUGGGCCUGCAAAAAUUACGAUGGAGAUGUGCAGUCGGACAUUCUGGCUCAGGGCUUUGGAUCCCUGGGUCUCAUGACGUCGGUACUGGUGUGUCCGGAUGGCAGGACUAUUGAAGCCGAAGCUGCUCAUGGUACCGUCACCAGGCACUACAGAGAACACCAAAUAGGCAAACCAACCAGCACCAAUCCCAUAGCUAGUAUCUUUGCCUGGACCAGAGGGCUGGAACACAGAGGAAAACUGGAUGGAAAUACAGAUUUAAUAAAGUUCUGUCAGACAUUAGAAAAAGUGUGCGUGGAAACGGUGGAGAGCGGGCUGAUGACCAAAGACCUGGCAGGCUGCAUCCACGGCUUGUCUAAGGUUAAACUGAAUCAACAUUAUGUCAACACGACUGACUUCCUGGAUGCCAUUAGGAACAAUUUGGACAAAGCUCUUGGAAAAUAGACUCCAUCAUAUUUACAAGAAUUAAAAACAUUUUUACUUUAGUACUGAAUGAAUCUUUGUAUAUGGAUGGAUUGUGAAUAUUUGAUAAAGAAGCGAUUGUGCCUUUAUUUGCCCAUGUUCUUUCAGUUUUAAAUGUUUGCAUAAAGCCGAUGAGGCUACAGUACAAAUUAAGUUCAAUCGAACUUAUCAGCACUUUUGUCAGUUUAAGUUUACCUUGCUUUAUAGCAAGAGAAUCCUUUUGGAUAUAUUCGAACUAUGUUGGCAGUAAAUCAAAAUCAAGUAUUGUUCUCUUUUUCUGUUAUUCGAUGUAAUGGAAAGCAAAAAUCAUGACAUGUUAUUGUGGCAGCUGGUGAAACUGACACAGGCAAAAAGUGGCCAUUUUGUCCACUGUCCUCAAAGAAACUAGAUAAAUGGUUAAGUGUAAGUAAAAAAAAUAAAUAAAAAAUAAUUCAUCUAGGUGACUGCUGCUCUAAUUGGUUGUCUUCAGUGGUCCAAGGAGGGAACAGUGCUUUGCAUGAUCCAACAGAUGAGGUAUCAGACCUCUGACAGCUAAAGAACAUCAGCUGGUUCUGAGAAAAUUUUGCUAGAAUUGAACAGGCUUCAGUUUGUAGUGUCCUGGCUUUAAUGCCACGGAUAAGUCGAACUAAAUGCCGUCCUCUCCUAAAAUCAGCAACAGCAGGUAUUUGAGAGCUUGCCCACCAGAAGAAGGGUGGGCUGUUCUGAUCAUUGUAUAUUUGUCGUGCAGAAGUCUGGCCUGUUUGAGUCUGUUCAACUUGUACCAAAGCAUUACUACAGAUUGUACAAUUACUACCAUUCACACAUUUAGUCCUCUAGCUCUGAAAGGGAAUAAUGGUCCUAAUGGGCUUCCAUAGCGGUCUGAGAUACUGACUUAAGCCGUGCAUGCACUACGAUAUUUUUUUUUUGGG